AUGGCGACAUGUAGUUUGGUUGCUGAAUCGGUGGUGGGAGAAUCUAGGAGGAAGGAGGAAUAUUUUUGCUUUCCUGAACACUACUGUGCUUGUUAUUCCUUCUUCUAUGACAUAGUAAACAGAGGAGAACAGCUUUGUGUGAGCUCUGCUUUUCUGCUUAUGCAUUUGCUUGAUAUUAGUAUGAUUUCAUUAAGGGUCCUUAAUUGUCCUUUGCUUCCUCCAUAUUACUGCAUUCUCGUCCAGUGUAAGCAUCAAGUUGCUGCAAGACUUGCUGUGUCGGUUGGAGUAUGUGUUGAUGUUAAGGAGAUCAAGGACAAUUGCACCCGAGGCUCAACUCUGAAUUGGGCAUCGAUAAUAAGCUUAGAGGCAUCUCAUAAGCAGGACUUCUAUAAGGUGUCUAGGCUUUUCCUAACACCUUAUCUGCUUUAA